UCGCCUCAGCUUGAACAGCAACUUCGCGGCAUCAUGUUUCGUCUUUUUCAAUCAACAGAGCCAAAGCCAGUUGCUUCGACUCGAGAGGUCGCCGUCUCCACAAAUUUUUCCACUGCCGAUGCGCAGGUUGGCCAGAAAGUUCUGGUGCCAAUGUCUCCCAGUGUUGGUCUUUACACAAAUGUAGACGAUAUCGAAGCGCGAAACCACUAUCCCACAGUUCUAAUUGCUUCCAGACAUCAGCCAGAGUCUUCAGCACAAGAAGUCACUGGACCGAGCCUUAGUGACAAUCGAGAAGCAGAGGCCCGACAUCAUGAUCAGAUGGUGAGUACCAUUUUACUUUGUCGUCAUAUAACGAAAGGUUGGUCCUAG